CCUUUAUCCUUACAUUUCAUCCCUCCAUAAAAAGACCCUCACUCCCUCUAACCACUCCCACAACAACAACAAAAAACAAAAAACACUCAAAAAUGUCGAAAGAAGUGAGUGAAGAAGGUCACCAACCUCAUCAUCAUAGUGGAAAAGACUAUGUUGACCCACCGCCAGCACCACUUCUCGACUUCGCUGAGAUUAAGCUCUGGUCUUUCUACAGAGCUCUCAUCGCUGAGUUCAUAGCCACUCUCCUCUUCCUCUACGUCACCGUCGCCACUGUCAUUGGCCACAAGAAACAAACCGGACCAUGCGACGGUGUUGGCCUUCUCGGCAUAGCAUGGUCCUUCGGUGGCAUGAUAUUUGUCCUUGUCUACUGCACCGCGGGUAUCUCCGGUGGCCAUAUCAACCCUGCCGUCACAUUUGGCCUCUUCUUAGCUCGUAAGGUUUCUCUUAUAAGAGCUGUUUUAUACAUUAUAUCACAGUGCUUAGGGGCUAUUUGCGGUGUUGGGUUGGUGAAGGCUUUCAUGAAGCACCCUUACAACAGUCUCGGUGGUGGUGCUAACUCUGUUGCUUCUGGUUAUACCAAAGGCUCCGCACUCGGUGCUGAAAUUAUCGGAACUUUUGUGCUUGUUUACACCGUUUUCUCUGCUACUGACCCUAAGAGAAGCGCACGUGACUCGCAUAUUCCUGUUUUGGCUCCUUUGCCUAUUGGUUUUGCUGUUUUCAUGGUUCAUCUCGCAACUAUACCUAUCACCGGCACCGGAAUUAACCCUGCUAGAAGCUUUGGUGCUGCGGUUAUCUUUAACAAUGGCAAAGUUUGGGAUGACCAAUGGAUUUUCUGGGUUGGACCGUUCGUCGGAGCAGCGGCGGCGGCUGCGUACCAUCAGUAUAUUCUGAGAGCGGCGGCUAUCAAGGCGUUGGGGUCGUUCAGAAGCAAUCCAACCAACUAAUGAUGCAUAGAUUAUGUGUUUAUUUGUAUGGCUACUAUGAUGAGAUUGAUUAAUUUGUAUUUUACUAUUUUUAUUUAUUUAUUAUUCGGUUUGUUUGUAUGAGAUGAUGCAUGUGAUACUCACUUUUCAUUUCAUAUUACUAUUUAUAUUAUAAUUACAAUUUAUUAUUUACAA